CCCAACGCACGGUCCCUCUAGAAACAACUUUCAGACACUUCCAGAAAGAAAUCGUUAGAAAAAAAGAAGCUGCCAACUCAGACAGAAUUGAGGUGUUGGCGAGAGAAGCAUUGAUGCUCAAACAAGAAGAUUGAUUCUAUUGAGAAACAGACUAAUCAGCAAGAAACUAAUGUCAUCAUCAGGAAGCAGCAACAAACCAAGAACGGUGAAGUUACGGUGCCCUUCUGCGUCCAGCAUAGUGUCCUUCUUUGCAUGGGACGAGCAGAGACUCGACUUGGGAUCUAUAGCCAGGACUUUUGGUUUAGACCCGUCAACGCUGAAGCUGAAUGGUUACUUUAUAAGUAGAGGGGCUGAUCUUAUCUCCUCCUCUGUUACGUGGCGAUCGCUUCUUAGUUUUUUCUCUGCAAAGGGUUUGUCUACUGGUAAAGAUGAUAAGGAAGCUCUUAUUGUAGAUGGCAAGCUCUCCAAAGUUGGGACUAAGCGGGCAUAUGACCCCCAAAGCGCUUCAAGUAGGAGUAACUACAGAGCUGAAGUUGAGGGCAUUGGUGUGAGUAAUAGCAGGCAACAGCGUCAAGAUAUUGACUCGCUCAUGAAUAAAAGGAUGAAAGAAAGCAACUCGGGAUGUGAUGAAAGUUAUCAGAUGCCCAAAUGGAAUGGCCAUGGCUUCAAGAGGAAGCGGUCGAUAGAACUUCAUGUCAACUUGCUCAAGAAGUUGAAAAUAAAUGGAGCCAACUCAGGUACAUGUCCAGACUUCAGAGGUGAUAUCCUGUCAGUUUCAUCCUGCACCCUGGAUUUGUGAGGCUUUUAUGAACAUCUGAAAUGAUCAUCUCAACACUAGCGCUGUUGUUAUCGCCCUUUCUUAUUCCAGCUUUUUAGUCUUUCAAACUUCAAAUACAGUCAGCCAUUGAAUGCAGUUGCAUGAGUGGCAAUUUGAAACUGAUGAGAGAAGGUGAUCUGA